AAUGUCAGAAGCGGAUGAAUAUUUUGAAAAUUUUGAUGCAAAUUAUUGGAGUUAUGAUGGAUUUCAAAAAUUCUUGACAGCUAAAAAAUUUAGUGAAACAAUUUGGAUUAACUCCUUGAAAGCGAUUAGUAAUGAUAAUAAUUAUCCUGUAAGAUGUCGUAAAAAAGCGAAACAUUUUUUAAAUAACUAUUCUUCUGUGAUUUUUGUCAUUCCUUCAAAGCAAAGCACUGCUAUUUUCAAUUUAUGGAAAUUAGAUGAAGAGGUUAAUGAGAAUUUAGAUAAUAUAUUUUCUAUUUUAAAAAGUAAAGAGACCCUUAAUGCUGAAAAUAUAUUUGAAGAACUGGAACAGAACCAAAAAUUA